AUGGUGUGCGAGGCACUGAAGGCGGCCGUGCAGCGCACGGAGGCUGGCAUUGAGGGGCCUCAGGGGGAGCUUAGGGCGGAACAGGAGCAGAGAAUAGAACUCCAAAAACAGCUCGGAAUGUCGCGUGAGCAGGAGGAGGCUACCGCCCGCCUAUUAGAAAGGGUCCUCGUGGUGGGGGACUCUAACGUGGCCAGGGUUAGGGAUGGCGCCUUCAAGACAGUGAAGGAUGAUGGAAGAGUGGGGGUGGAGGCCCAGUCAGGGAAGGGCAUGGUGAAAGUACUGGCCAAAGCUCAGGAAUUCGUAGAGGACAGCAUGGAGGGCGAAAAUCUCGUCAUUAUUCUUGCUGGACUCAAUGAUAUGUUGAAGGGCAAGGAUCAGGACCGUCAAAGACAGUUAAAAGAUGGAAUGCGUAAGCUCCGAGAAUCCUCUGGGAGUGUGCAUGUGACCAUAUGCACAUUCGCAAAGGUCUGGGGGCAGUCUUGUGAAAUUGAAAGGAGGGUAGCGGAGGCUAACCGUGUGAUCAAGGGUAUGAGCCGGCAACCUGGAUACAGCGUAAUGGAGGUGAACCAAGACGUGUACGAGCCCGGUGCUCACCCCUUUGCACAGGAUGGCAUUCGCUACAGUGGUGCGACGAGCAGGAGGGUUGGUAAUAGGAUGGGUCGUCAAGCAACAGCUUUUUUAGGGGGGCCCAGAGCUGUGAGGCCAACAGUGUAG